GGUGUCAUUUUUUAACCUGUAUCCCAAGUUCGCAUAAAAGAUACUUACUUAUCUCCAAUUCUCCUUCAUUUUUGAUAAUUUUCAAGAUAUUUUAUAGAAAAUCUCCACCAACUCUCCCAUUUUCCCUCUUCUUCUGCCCUUUUCUCCAACUUUCGAUUCCUUGAAAAGGUUGUCAUUUUUCUUGCAAUACAACUAGAUUCAAAGUCUGGUUAAACAAACAAAAAAUACAUCAGGAGCAAUUUCUUCCCUCAUCAUUUCCCGUUUUAUCGAUUAUCUCUGAGAUUCCCUUCCCCAUGGCAGCAAUGUCAGGGAAGAUUUUCCAAAAUGUUUCUGUUGCACACUACUCCCAACAAAAUAGACAAUUUCAUACCCAAUGCAGCAGAGACUCUUUUAACUCAAAUUUGCGCAACUUCCUUCCAAUUAGCGGAAGGAGGUCGGCAUGGAAUGGUGUCUUGGCCAUGCGAUUGCGCACUUUGUCAAUAUAUCAGAAUGAUUUUGUUAGUCGAAGAAGUAUUUGCUGUAAUGCUACUUCAUCUUCAACAGCAGUUCGACCUCUCGAAAAGAGUGAUUUUCUUAAACUUCAAAAUGGCAGUGAUAUCCGAGGUGUUGCUGUUGCUGGUGUUGAUGGUGAACAUGUAACCCUUACAGAACCAGUUUCAAAGGCCAUAGCUGCUGCAUUUGCUGCAUGGCUAUCUGAUAAAAAGAAAAAAGAUGGUCCUAGGCCCUUAAGUGUUUCCAUUGGUCAUGAUUCUCGAAUUUCAGCCUCUAAGCUUCAGGAUGCCGUGUCUCAGGGGCUGAAUAGUGCUGGUGUCGAUGUUUUACAUUUUGGGUUGGCUUCAACUCCUGCAAUGUUUAAUAGCACUCUGACAGAAAAUGAGGAGGUUGGGUGUCCAGUUGAUGGAGCCAUCAUGAUAACUGCUAGUCAUCUUCCCUACAAUAGAAAUGGCUUCAAGUUUUUCACCAAUGCUGGAGGACUUGGUAAACCAGACAUUAAAGAUAUUCUUGAGCGUGCUUCUGAUAUAUAUAACAAGUUUACAGAUGAGGGUCUCAAUGAAUUACAAGGAAAAUCAUCUGCAUCUGUCAGAAAAGUCGACUACAUGUCUAUAUAUGCAUCUGAUCUUGUGCAAGCAGUUCGUAAAGCAGCAGGAAACAUAGAGAAGCCUCUAGAUGGCUUUCAUAUAGUUGUUGACGCUGGGAAUGGAGCUGGAGGCUUUUUCGUUGGUAAGGUGCUUGAGCCUCUGGGUGCUGUCACUAGCGGCAGUCAGUUCUUGGAGCCAGACGGUAUGUUUCCUAACCAUAUUCCUAAUCCAGAAGAUAAGGCUGCAAUGAAUGCCAUCACUCAGGCCGUUCAUAAUAACAAAGCAGAUUUGGGCAUAAUCUUUGAUACUGAUGUGGACAGAUCUGCUGCUGUAGAUUCCACCGGCCGCGAGCUUAAUAGAAAUCGUUUGAUUGCUCUAAUUUCUGCUAUAGUCCUUGAAGAACAUCCUGGGACAACUAUUGUCACCGACAGUGUGACUUCAGAUGGUCUCACUACAUUUAUUGAAAAGAAACUUGGAGGAAAGCAUCACAGAUUCAAGAGAGGCUACAAAAAUGUCAUCGAUGAAGCCAUUCGUCUGAACUCUAUUGGAGAAGAGUCACAUUUGGCCAUUGAGACUAGUGGUCAUGGUGCGCUCAAAGAGAAUCAUUGGCUUGACGACGGGGCAUAUCUCAUGGUCAAGCUUCUUAAUAAGCUUGCUUCUGCUAGGGCGUCAGGAAUACAAGGGGGUAGCAAAGUUUUAACUGAUUUGGUGGAAGGUCUGCAAGAAGCAGCUGUUACUGUUGAAUUGAGACUCAAGAUAGAUCAAAAUCAUGUAGAUCUUAAAGGAGGAUCCUUCCGUGACUAUGGGGAGGCUGUUUUGAAGCACUUGGAAAACUUAGUAGAUUCAGAUCCUAAGCUCAUCAAAGCCCCUGUUAAUUAUGAAGGCGUUAGAGUUUCAGGUUUUGGAGGUUGGUUUCUUUUGAGACUCUCGCUUCAUGAUCCUGUUCUACCACUUAACAUUGAGGCGCAAAGCGACGAUGAAGCCGUGAAACUUGCACUUGUUGUGCGUGAAGCUGUGAAGGAGUUCCGAGCUUUGGACACAUCUUCAUUGGAGAAGUUUAUCAAUAGGGAUUGACUGUUCUUUACAAGGAUGUUUUACUCACCCGUAAAGGUCUUUUUCAUUUCGAGGUUGACGAAGGUGUUGCAGAAAUGGAUCGGAGGGGCAUGUUUGUAUUCUAGAGGCUGAAGUUGUGAGUUGUGAUGAUAUACAGCAAUGCAUCUUGGUGCUGUCUCAAAUAGUCAUCUUUGCAGAAAAGUAGUUUGCUUCAACUUUCCAAAAAGGUUUUAUUUUUGUUCAAAAGUUUUAUGAAGACAUCCACACAGACGAACAUCUUUGCAGCAACUUUUAAGGGUUAUGUAUAAGAAUUAAUUACGUUAUUUUAAAUAAAUGAAAGUCAGAAGUCUACACUGGGAGUAUUGUGUUAAGCAAUUUCUUUUCUUUUUCUUUUUCUUUUUCUUUUUCUUUUUCUUUUUGUAUAUAAUAAAAAGACAUUUCAUUGCUCUGUAAA